AUGGCCCCACCAAAGCAGAGCAGCAUGGAUGGUGGGGCUGCCCCAUUCCCAAGCUCUGCAGCCCUACAGGAGAAGAUGGGGGGUGGAAGUACCACAGAGUGUGGAGAUGUUGGGAAGGACAAAGGAGGCCCCAGCCAGCCAGGGAGCUGCUCAGCUUCCCAGAAUGAAGAUGCAAAAGAGAAACAGAAGACCCCAAGUGAGAAGACAAGUCAGGCCAAAAGACCUGAGACUGCUCAAAAGGAUAAUGCUUCAGCUGUGACGGGCAGUUGCAAGGCCAAACAGCAACCAGGGAACCAGGGACCUAAGAAUAAGACUAAAGGAAGUUCUGUGAGCCAAAGUGAUGGUGUUACAGUGUGUUUCCAUGCAAUAUUGUCCAAAGACUUCAAAAUAGACCCCGAGACCACGAAAGUGUUCAUCAGGGCUAAGGGCAUUGCUCCCUAUGCAGACAUGAAGGACAACGUUUGUGAGCUGACCUGUACCAAGUGUCUAGGAGAACAUGGAUACCUCAUUGAAGGCACUGUGACUCUUGCAAAAGAAAAUGUGAAUAAAUACAUUUGUUACAAAUACUGGGUUGCCUCUGGCAAAGGGGACUACGAGUUCAUUUACAAGCGCCCGGAAGCAAACAAACACGUGGAUCGGUGCUUGUGCAUACAAGAAAAGCUGCUCAACAACGGAGAAUGGCACCAGUAUGAUGACAUCGUGUGUGCCAAGCCUUCUGCCUGGACAAAGUUCUGGCAUAAGUUUGUUGGCAAUAAAAACAAAGAUGUGGUGGAAGGGAAGAAAAUAGCUGCAAAUAUUAUGUUAGAAAAUAUCUUCAGCAUUCUUGGAACCUGGAGUCCUGACAACCUGAGGAACUUCUUCUUCCAGCUGAGGCAGUUCCAUGUGGUUACAAAAGAGCCAUGGGUGUAUGAGGAGAAGCAAAUGCUGUGGAUGGAGUUAGGCUUUGGGGUGCAUCAGGUGAAUGAUCUGCUGCUGAAAUACAUAAGGAAAAUACUUCUUCCUUCAUCAGAGGAGGACUUGGUAAUAAAAAGUAAACUAGCUCUGGGACUCACCAUUCUCACAGUAAUGCACUAUUGGAAUCUUGAUCACUCCCAAAUUGAUCUGGCUGAGCUGUGCAGCCUCCUGUGCUUGGACAACAUGCCACAACAAGCCCUGCUGGAUGACUUUAAUCAAAUCAAGAAGGAUUUUGCCACGCUUCCCGGUUUUCCUAGUUUAGGGAUUUGCCUGACAUACCUGUGCCAGAGAUGCAUUGAUGACCAAAUAGACCAGUGGGUGUGGAUCCUUCCUCUGCUGCAUCUCUGUGUGGCUCCAUGUCAGCGUGACCACUUGCCCAUGGCAGAAGAAGUCUGGGCAGGGCUGGAAGGGCUUCCAUUUGCUGAAACCAGGAAGAGGCAAGAUACCAGAACCCUGCUGCAGCUAAUGAAAGAAAAGAAGUACUUGAUGGAAUUUGAUACAGCUCUGGUCAAGUCCUGGAUCUGUGUGCUGCCCCUGGAGAGCUUGGCUGAAUUUAUAAAGGACUUCUCCAGUGAUUUCUUAGUUGCUCUUCAAGGUGUUUCUUACAGACUAGAGGAUGUUACCCUUACAGAGACGAUCUGCGAGGUAGUAGAGAAACUUGUACAGACACUGCUGAGUACCUUGGAUGAGGAAAAGGCCAGAGCUCUGGACACUUGCUCUUGGCAGUCCUGCUUGACCUCUUGCCUUAACCUGCAUCAGAGGAUCUGCAAGACAGUGAAGUUUGUAAGGUUCUACAGGCUUCCUGUCACUUCUGCCUUGAUGAUUUCAAAGGUUGCCAAGCUUCAGCCCACAGCAGAUCCAAGAGGUGCUGUGCAGGAAGUGUUCAGAGAUGCUCUGGGACACACUCGAACCUGGUUCAGAAACGUUUUAGACAAGGAGUUACUGAAAGAAUCUGUGAAUCGCGUUUUUUUCUCUUUUUCCAUGGAACUUCAGGCCUGGGAUGGAUUUGUGAGGAUCAGCUUUCCUGAUGAGCAGCUCACCGAGGAGUGGAAGAAGGCUUUGCUUGCUGAUCUGAAGAAAAGAAUUCAGGAGGAGCCUCCAGUUAACCAAAUUUUAGCCUACUGCUGUCAACACCACAAGUUUGCAGGACUUGACUGUUCCAUUGACUGGUGUUUCUGUACUUGUGCCACAGAGGCUGUAACUGUAGCUUGCCAGACCCAGAGCAAUAUCCUGGAGAAGAUUCCUUCCUACAACAUGGGCCAAUUUAGCAAGCUUGUAUCAGCUAUUAUUGUGAAGUCGUGGCCGAUCAGGAGUGAAUGGUCCCAGGAGGAUUUUGAUGAGGCUUUGCACCACGUGCUGACGUGGCCUGACAUCAAACAAGUCUUCAGCUUCCAUGGAACUAAAAAAGAGCUUGUAGAGGAACUUACAGAUGAAGCCAAGAAUAUAAUGGCCACAGCAGACUCUGUCUUCACAAGUGUCAGCCAAGACCUCCAGAAAGGCUGUAUCCUUGUGAAACAUCUGGAGGAGAUUUUCCAGCAUGAGAAGCAGUUCACCUGUAUCUGGGAGAUACACCACCAGCGGUUACCUGGAGACAAAGAACUGAAAGAACUGCUGCAGAGGAGGCGGGAAGAAUUGACAUAUCUCAAAGAAGAGAAAAAAGCAAUAGGAACCUUUCUGAGCAUGUGUAGGAAGGUGCAGGCGUCUGUGAAAGUGGAUGUAUGUGAAGUGGAACAUGAACACUUGCAAGAUCUUAGCUCAGAAAGACUAAACACAUUUGUGGCUGUGGAAAGGAGACCCCUGCUGACCUACUACAGCUUGAGUCCAGAGCUGAAGAAAUGUGCCCAGAAAAUGCACUCUCUUAAGGACAGCCUGAUCUUCCAGACGUUCUGGGAGGAAGCAGCACAGACACUAGGAGAGGAGUGGGAAAGUGAAGGAGAGGAAUGGGAAACUGCAGGAGAGGAGGAGGACAUUCCUGCCUUGGACCUCAAUUAUGUUUUAAGCAGUCUCAUCACCCCGUGCUUUACCAGCUAUGAAAGGCUGUAUGAUGAUCUCCGGUCGGGAAGUCUCACACUUUCUGCAGUUGAUACAAUCUUUCAGGAAUUUGUAGGUAAUCCUGAAGAUAUCAAAACUGAACUAAAUACCAUAUGUAAGCUUAGACCUGGAGAAGCCAGUGACUGGGUGGAUCAGCGAUUUCAGCAGAUCCAGGAGUACCAUGAAAUGCAUGUGACUUUGGAUGCUGCCAAGAUCAUUGCCCGUGUCAAAGACAGUUUAAACCUCUCUGGUGACUUCACUAUCCUGGAAAACUUGUUGGACAUAACAGAAAAGCUUGACUCGUACAAGACACAGACGCUGGAUUCCAUCGGCCCUGAGCUCGUGUCUGCCAAGCGGCUGCUGCAGGGGGUCACUGUGAACCGCCGGGGCUGUCUGAGGGAGCUGGCCCAGCAGAAGGAGUUUGUCUGCUGGGUCAGAGAAGCACUGAAAGAUAUAAAUGAGCUGAAAGUAUUUGUAGACUUGGCCUCCAUCUCUGCUGGGGAGAAUGACACGGAUGUGGACCGUGUGGCCUUUUUCCAUGACACUGUACAUGGCUACUCUUCCCUGCUGUAUGAGCUCAGGCAGGAGUCAGGGUUUAAGGACUUCAUGCACUGCCUGAAGAAGCUCUGGCGAGCCCUGGACAGUGAUGAGAAUCUUCCCAAGAAACUGCGUGCUUCAGCUCAGCACCUGGAGUGGCUGAAGACAGUGAAGGAGAGCCACGGCUCUGUGGAGCUGUCCUCUCUGUCCCUGGCAGCUGCCAUCAACAGCAGAGGGAUCUAUGUUCUCCGUGCACCAGCUGAUGGCCAAAAGGUUUCUUUGGACAACGUCCUGUGCUUCACCCUCCCAGGGAGCUCUGGGGAUAAUCAGGCAUCAUGGAAAUACUCCCUGGCAGAGCUCUGUGAACUGCAGAACAAACUGAUGCUCAUGUCAGCAAAGGGAGAGCAAGGCUUGGAGGUGGAGAGGUUCUCUGAGAUAUUUUCCAAUGUCCAAAGACUUGCACAGGCCUUUAUAGACCUUUAUUCAGCUGGGAACAUGCUCUUCCGCUCCUGGCUUGCUCAAGUGAAUUGUUCACCCAAAAGAGAAUCGUGUGUUUUUAUGGACUUCUCUUUGGGACUGAUCCCUGUGCUCGAAGGGCAAGGAGAUGUGGCAGCUGUGCUCCCAAGCAUCUGCAAGACAAUGGAGAGUUUCCUGGGGAGCUGGAAAAGCUUCAUGAAUGAAAAACGGCUCCAGCAUUUCUACCUGAACUACUACAGUGCUGAGCAGCUGGUCUAUCUGUGCACAGAGCUGGGGCAGAAGGUGCCCAGCCAGAGGGCCCUGAUGAUGCUUUCCUUCCUAAAACACAACUGCACCCAGCAGGAUGUCCUUGGAGCCUCCAGGAGAGAGCUGCCUUCCAGUUCAAGGAGGGCUAUUUCUGACCUGCGAAUGCUGCUGGUUGAAGAGAAGGACCUGACUGCACAGCUGAGGUGCAUCUGGGAGUCCUACAUGGGCAACAUGAGCUCCUUCCUUCCAAACUGCCUGGAUAUUGAUACGCUGGGUGAGUGGCUGAGGAACCUGGCCAGCUGGGAGAGAAAGUGUGUCACCCGAGACUUUCCACAGGACCUCCUGUCUGUUGGGCAGCCCAACCUCAUCACGUGCCCUCGCUCCGAGGUGCUCACGUCUGCUCUGGCUGUUUACAUGAACAGCCCCCACCAGCCCCUGCCCACUUUUGAUGAAGUUCUCCUGUGCACCCCUCAGACCACUGCAGAGCAAGUGGGGCUCUUCCUCAGGAGGUGCCUCAUUCCCUGCAGCAGAGGACAGAAAAUUUACACCAUGCUGUAUGCAGACGAGCUGAGCUACGAUGUCAGCUGCAGAGCAGAGGAGCUGUUCCAGCACCUGCAGCACCACAACAGCGCCUACCGCCUCCUCAUCCUCUGCAGCAGCGAGAGGGAGCACAGCUACAUCCCCUCUGUCUUCAGCCAAUACAAGGUGCACAUGAUACCCCAGAGGUCACUGGCUGAAAUCCGGAGGUACCUUCAGCACCACUACAGAGUCGCUCAGCCUUCGAGAUCAGCUGCUUCUGUGUUCAAGGACAAUAUGUGUGUUGGGAUCGUGUCCUCCAAAAAAGCUGGCGUGGGGAAAUCUCUGUAUGUAAAAAGGCUGCAUGAGAGACUGCAAGAAGAGCAGCCUGACUGUACAGAACUUCUGAAAACCAUCAGACUAAUUGAACCAGAAGUGGAUGAAGAUAAAGUGCUAAAAUCUCUUCUGCCUUUUCUGAAGGAAGAACACCAGACAAAGCCCAUGAUAUUCCAUUUUGAUAUCACCUCUUCAGUACAAAGAGGAAUUCCAGAGUUUCUGUUCAAGCUGCUGGUUUUGCAGUACCUGACAGAUAAUAAUGGAAAUAUGUGGCUACGGCAGCAGAGCCAUUUGUACAUCAUUGAAAUCCUUGAGGUAUCACCAGUGCCAAAGAAAGCAAUGUCAGUGAGCCAGAAGUUUAAUUUCUUUGAUGUGUUCCCUAAAGUAACAUGCAAGUCUCCCAAGGAAGUACUAGAAAUGGAGACACUUGGGAACCAGUCUGGGGAUGUUUCAGAGCUGGGAAUGGACAAGGAGGAAUUCUGCAGUGAGGCUUUCCAGAGACCUUUCCAGUAUCUGAAGAGAUUUCACCAGGGGCAGGAUCUGGACAUGUUCUGUUACAAAGCCCACUCGGUGGAGGGCAGCCCAGCAGAAUGUCUGCAGCUGCUCCUCCUGCACUGCGGGGUCACGGAGCCCUCCUGGGCAGAACUCCGAAACUUCACCUGGUUUCUCAACACUCAGUUGAGAGACUGUGAAGCUUCAGUCUUUUGCAACCCUGACUUUGUCCAGGACACUUUGCAAGGUUUCAAAACCUUUGUCGUUGCCUUCAUGAUUUUAAUGGCGAGGGAUUUUGCAACACCUUCCCUAAACAUUUCUGAUCAAAGUUCAGGAAGGAAGGCCUUCCACCUGGAGAACAUUGCAGAAGAAGAUCUUCUUCCUUUCCGCAUUCGGAAAAAGUGGGAGUCUGAGCCUCAUCCAUAUUUGUUUUUCAAUGAAGAUCGUGUGUCUAUGACAUUCAUUGGAUUCCACUUCCAGCCUAACGGCCAUCACGGUGUUGAUGCCAUUAAUCCUUUGGAUGGCAGCAUUAUCAAGAGAAAUGUCAUGACUAAAAGGCUGUACAAGGGCCUGUUACUCCAAAGAGUUCCCUUCAAUGUUCCAUUUGACCAGUUGCCUCGUCACGAGAAGCUAGAGAAGCUUUGCAUGGUUUUGGGAAUCCCCUGGGUGAGCGACCCCGAUGAGACAUACGAGCUCACAAUGGACAACAUGCUGAAAAUCCUGGCUAUUGAGAUGCGGUUCAGGUGCAACAUCCCAGUUGUGAUCAUGGGAGAAACAGGCUGUGGGAAAACCAGACUUAUCAAGUUUCUGUGCAAGUUACGCAAGAGCUGUUUAGAGGCAGAGAACAUGAAGCUUGUGAAAGUCCAUGGAGGUACCACUGCAGAGAUGAUUUAUGCCAGGAUCAGAGAAGCAGAAGCCCUUGCUAAAAUCAACAAGGAGGAGCACGGGUUGGACACAGUCCUCUUUUUUGAUGAAGCCAACACCACAGAGGCCAUAAGCAGCAUCAAGGAAGUUCUGUGUGACCACACAGUAGAGGGGAAGCCUUUGGUCUCUGGCUCUGGCCUGAAGAUCAUAGCAGCCUGCAACCCCUACCGUAAGCACACACCAGAGAUGAUCCAGCGCCUGGAAUUAGCUGGGUUGGGCUACCGAGUCACGGCAGAGGAGACACAGGACAAGCUUGGAUCUAUUCCCCUGAGGCAGCUCGUGUACCGGGUCCAUGCUCUCCCACCCAGCAUGAUCCCUUUGGUGUGGGACUUUGGGCAGCUGAACAACUUAACUGAAAAAAUGUAUAUUCAGCAGAUUGUGCAGAGAGUCACGGAGCACGUCCGGAUGGCGCCGCCAGAGGCCCAGGUGAUCACAGAAGUGCUUUUUGCUUCCCAGCAGUACAUGAGGCAGAGGGGGGAUGAGUGCACCUUCGUCAGCCUGCGGGACGUGGAACGCUGCAUGGAAGUUUUCAAGUGGUUUCACAGGCACAGUAAGCUGCUCCUGAGAGAGCUGGAGAAGUACCUUGCUGAGAAGAAACCUUCAAAGAGCACCCAUGAGAGAAACAACAUCAUCUGGGCCUUAGUGCUGGCAGUUGGGGUCUGCUAUCAUGCAUCCUUGGAAAAGAAGGAGGAAUAUAGGAGUGCUAUCAGCAAGGUCCUUCCAAGACCCUACAGUAACCAGAAAAAGAUUUUGGAAGACAUCUCUCUGAUGCAGGACUUAUUCCUGAGUGGCGUGCAAGUCCGGGAUACCAUAGCAAGAAACUUGGCCUUAAAGGAAAAUGUCUUCAUGAUGGUCAUCUGCAUUGAGUUGAAAAUCCCUCUGUUCCUUGUUGGGAAGCCUGGGAGCUCCAAAUCCCUUGCAAAAACCAUUGUGGCUGAUGCUAUGCAGGGCCAAGCAUCUCAGUCAGAUUUGUUCAAGGACCUGAAGCAGAUCCAUCUGGUGUCUUUUCAGUGCAGCCCUCUCUCCACUCCAGAGGGAAUCAUAGGCACUUUCAAGCACUGUGCUCGGUUCCAGGAAGGGAAGAACUUAGAGGAAUACGUCUCAGUGGUGGUUUUGGAUGAGAUUGGGCUGGCAGAAGACUCUCCCAAAAUGCCCUUGAAGGCUUUGCAUCCCCUUUUGGAAGAUGGCUGCAUAGAUGAUGACCCUCUUCCUCACAAAAAGGUUGGCUUCAUUGGGAUUUCCAACUGGGCUUUGGACCCCGCUAAAAUGAAUCGAGGCAUCUUUGUCUCACGUGGUGACCCCAGCAAAGCAGAGCUUGUAGAAAGUGCAAAGGGGAUUUGUUGCUCAGCACGAGGGGCUCUGCAUAAGAUUGAACAGUAUUUUUCUCACUUUGCAGAUGCAUAUGAAAAGAUUUGUGAGGCCCAAGACAGGGAGUUUUUUGGUCUGCGUGACUACUACAGCCUCAUAAAGAUGCUUUUUGCCUUAGCUAAAAGCUCCAAAAGUGAGCCCACACCUCAAGACAUAGCAGAACUUGUUCUUCGUAACUUUGGUGGCAAAGAUGAUGUCAAUGCCUUGGAAAUAUUCACCUCACAGUUACCAGAAAAAGGAGAAAUUCGUGCUCAUGAUAUCAGUAGAAUUGAUCUGGUGCGACAGAACAUUCAGAGCAGCAGUCAGGAUGGUGACUGCAGGUACCUGCUUGUGUUGACUGAGAACUACACAGCACUGCAGAUCCUCCAGCAGACUUUCUUUACUGCCCGACAUCAGCCAGAAAUUAUCUUUGGCUCCAGCUUCCCCAAGGACCAGGAGUACACCCAGAUAUGCAGGAACAUCAACCGUGUGAAGGUCUGCAUGGAAACUGGCCAAAUGGUUGUGCUUCUCAACUUGCAGAACCUUUAUGAAAGCCUCUACGAUGCCCUCAAUCAAUACUACGUGUACCUGGCUGGCCAGAAGUAUGUUGACCUGGGGCUGGGCACCCACCGGGUGAAGUGCCGGGUGCACCCCAAGUUUCGGCUGAUCGUCAUCGAGGAGAAGGACGUGGUGUACAACCACUUCCCCAUCCCGCUGAUCAACAGGCUGGAAAAGCACUACCUGGAUAUCAGCACCGUCCUGGACAAGGGGCAAAGAGAAGCCGUGAAGGAGCUGCAGAAGUGGGUGCACGAGUUCACUGCGGCCGAUGCAGAAGGGCACUUGAUGGGCAAGCAGAAGUACAGCCCUUCGGAUGUGUUUGUGGGCUACCACUCCACCACCUGCGCCUCGGUGGUGCUGCAGGUGACGGAGAGGCUGAAACCAGAGUGUCCUCCUGCUGAGCUCCUGUCCCACGUGGUGCGGGAGGCCCGGCUGGCCCUGCUGAGCUGUGCCACCCCGGACUCCGUCAUCCGGCGCUGCAGCUCGGUGGGGCUGCACGUGGCGGGCGCCCUGGCCAGGCUGUACUUCAGGCAGCAGCAGCACACGUCCUUCACAGACUUCCUCCGAGCCCAGCUCUGUGCCGGGGCCGCCUGCCAGACGGUCUUCACAGAGGUCACCACCUUCUCCAGGCUCCUCACCAGCGCUGAUGCUGCUUGUCUGGAGAGAGAAGUGCAGGGUAAAGCACAGAAGCCUCAAAUCCUGUUCCUGCAGCAGUUUGACACAGAGUAUUCAUUCCUGAAGGGCAUCAGAGAUUUCCUUGAUGCCACAUCAGGAAACAAGGUCCUUAUUAUCCAGACAGACUUUGAAGAUGGCUCUCAGAAUGCCCAGCUCAUCGCCUCAGCCAAAUACACUCUUGUUAAUGAGAUCAACAAGGUGGACCUGGGAGAAGUCUCUGUCUUUGUUUACUUUAUUAUGAAGCUUUCCCGGGUGGAAGGAGGAACAUCCUAUGUGGGAUUCCAUGGAGGGCUGUGGCAGUCAGUGCACAUAGAUGAUCUCCGCAGAUCCAAAGACAUGAUCUCUGAUCUGACUGCCCUGCAGAACUUCACCAUCAGCCAGAUUUUCUGUGAGGAUUCAGGUAAAGCCCAAGCUCUGCCUGUGAAUGAAGAACAGGAGGAAAAUGAAAUGGAGGUGGAAACAUCAAUGCCAGAAGCAGAGCACUAUGAGGGUGAAAUCCUGGACACCACUGUGCUGCUGAGGACCUGUGUGCAGGGUGCUGUGGGGAUGCUGCGCGACCAAAAUGAAGAUCUUAGUCGAAGCAGAAAGAGAAUUAAGAUACUCCUUGCUCUUCUGUCCAAAGAGGAUGACUUGAAAGCCUCUUUCCUGAAGAUAACAAAGGCUCGUCUCUCCAACCUUUUGAAGAAGCAAGAAGAAAAUUCCCUCAGCCCAGAAAAAUGGGUGCUUCGGGUGGCCUUCAACCUCAGUGCUCUCCAGGAGGCAGGAACCUUCAGGAAUACCUUGUGGAAGAGAGUCCAGAGUGUGAUCACUCCACUCCUGGCUCUCCUGAUUUCUGUCAUAGACAGAAAUGGGAACCUGGAGCUGUUGGCCAGGCCAGCAGCUGAGUGGGUGACAAACCUGUGGAUGUUCAUCUUCAGUGACACAAAACUUCUGACUGUCCCUUACGGCGUGGGCAAGAACAGCUCUCAGCCAGAGAUCAUUCUGGUGCAGAACAACAUGAUGGUGUCUGCUGAUGCUGGGAAUGAAAUGCCCUUCAGCUGGAGGAUAAAGGAGUACUUGGAUGACAUGUGGUUGGAAGCUCAAUACAUCCAGAACAUUGAAGACCAAGCUGAGAAGUUUCUGGAUAUCUUCCAGAAAACUGCAUUGGGAAAAUUUAUCUCUGCUCUGACUGAGGAAGAAAGGCAGAUGCUCUUCCAGUGCUACAUCACAGACUUCAUAGCCUUGAGCAUUGGUGUGUCCUCACUAGAGGAGCUGCAGUGUCUGCGAAGUGCAUUCUUAUCCUGCAUAGAGGAAUGGAAAGCAACAUCUCCCAGAAGAGAGGAGCUGGUGCCAUCCUUGCCUUGGGUCCACCUGGGAUACAACCGGUUCAAGAGCCGCCUGCAGAACUUCUCCAGGAUCCUGGCUGUCCACCCCCAUGUGGUUCAGCACCUUAGUAACCUGACAAGAGAUGGAACAUCUCAUAAAGAGAUGGUUUUAGAUGUGCUGGCUGCAACGGCGUGUGCUGAGGAGCUGGAGAAUCAAGUGGAGACAAUUGACCCAGUGAUUUGGCUGCAGAAGGUGAAGAAUCUUCAAAUGCCCCUGGAAUUUCUUUGUAAGGAGAAGGAUCUUCAGAGAAGCAGCAGUUGGUGCCAUCAGCUGCUAGAAGAACUUGAAGUCUGCUGGAACCGGGUCUUCUCCAUGUCCCUGUUUGUCAAACACGUGUUGCUUGACAUCAAUACUCUGAUGCCAGGACUUGACAGUUUGGUGAAAAAAUACACUUUACUACUUGGCAAGUGUUUUCAGCACGGCUCAGACAUGAAGACUCAUCCAACUUUUGUUGCAGUGAUGAAAGUUCUGUGCCAAUGUAAGGAGGAAUUCAUUUUUAGCAGGAGGCUCUACAGAUAUGAUCUGAGGUGCUGUCCCAUCUGCCUGGGGGAGCUGAAGGAUCCAGUCUCCCUGCCUUGCUGCCACGUGUUCUGUCACAAGUGCAUCCGGAUGUGGCUCGUGCCAGCACAGAUGCAUUGUCCAUCCUGCAGAGUGGCCAUUGAGGAUGAUCAUCUAAGUGUCUCUGUGGAGCUCAGCGAGGCCAUAGCAAGAAACGCCAAGUUCCGGCAGCGCUGCAAUAACUUCUUCAUCGACGUGGUCACCACCAUGUGCUUCAAGGACAAUGAGCCCCCUGAGGCAGAGGUGAUCAGAGAGCUCCUUGACCUGCUGUUUGUUCACAGAGUCCUCCUGAAAGGUUCAGAUCACCCUGAGAUCUACACAAAAUUCCUGUCCCCAUUUAAUGAGGAAGUGGAUGAGACUCCCAUCAUCCGCUCGGUAAUGCUGAAGCUCCUCUUGAAGUACAGCUUCAAGGAGGUGAAGAACGACGUGCAGCGCUACCUCUCCCUGGUGGAGCACAGUGAGAUCCUAGAGACAAAUGAUAAAAAGGAGCUCUACUUGCUGUUUGUCAACUGCUUAGAGGAUUCCAUGUGUGAAAAGUCUGAGGACAACCUUGGAUAUAAGCAUGUGAACUAUCUGCAUGGAGACGGAGGCUUUCCAGAGAACUACCUCCCAAAGAGCAAUGGAGAAGCUCCUCAGGAAUCAUCUGUUGAGUACCUGCAGGCAGUAGCCAAGGUUCGCUUGUACCUGAGCAAGGCUGCAGAGCUGCUCUUUGACCUGCACAGGCCCACGGAGCAAAAGCAGGUGAAGGAGAAGGAGCGUUUCCUGGCCAAUGUGAGGUCUUUCUGUAGCCUUGCCAAGAACGACUGGCAUCGUGUGUUCCUCAUCAGGAAGGUUGCUGGUCAGUAUGGGAUGGAAUUUGCUCAGAAGCUUGUCAUGGACACACGGUUUAACUGGGUGUUCCCAGCAGAAAUUCUGCAACAGGUAAAGAGCAGGCAGACUAAUCCCAUCGAUCGUUACCUGGCAUGUGGUGAGAGCUACCAAGCCCUGCGGGAUGCUGUGGGGAAGGUCAUGAUCAAGUGCAAGGCUGAGGAUCUUCUGGAGGCUGAGAAGGCAUCCAGCAGCUCCCAGGCUGUGCAAUCUGUCCAUCUGCUCCUGGCUAUUUUCAGGGAGGUCACUACCCUGUAUGGAGCUAGUGACUCAAAUCUUCAUCCCAAGCAGCAGGUAAGAUAGUUCACUUUGGAAGCUCAUGACAAACACACUUCAUUGCUGAGGAUGGAUGAUACUUAAGUCAUUGGUGAAAGAGCCUGUUGUUUCUGCCCCAAAUACAGUUAAGUCCUGAUCAGAGGGGACUGAAAACAUUUGAAAAUGUUUUCAAAGCAGGGCAGCACACCUUGGGAAGCAGCUGAUGUCUUCAGUUUGGUGGGCAUUACCACACUGGUUUUAUUUAUUUUAAAUAUGUGCUUUCAGCAAACAGAUGCUAUGACCGAGUUCAUCGAGAGCUCCCAAGUCCUGAGUUCUCCAGACCUGCAGCGCUUUGCAGCCUCUCUUGUGAGGAAUGCAGUGCCCUCACUGAAGGUGCAUCCUCAGAGCUUCAGCCAGGAUGGGGCUCUCACUGAGGUGGCUGUUCACACUGCAGCUGUCCUGCUGUGCGGGCACAGCCCUCUCCUGCAGCCCCUGAGGAAGCUGGCAUUCCACCCACGCGACAUGAAGCACUCCUUUCUGCCUACAAUGCCAGAAGAUUUAUUGGCCCAGGCAAAGGCCUGGGAAGGACUGAACUCUCUGCACUGGUACAAGUGUCUAAAUGGCCACCCCUGCCUUGUGGGAGAGUGCGGGCGCCCCAUGGAGACCAGUCGCUGCCUGGACUGCGGCGCGGAGGUGGGAGGGCGGCAGCACCACCCGCUGCCCGGCUUCCAGGUGCUCGGGGAUCAUGAAGACAGAACUCAAACUGGCCACGUCCUUGGAGAUGCACAGCACAGAAAAUCCAUGGGAGUGUCUGAGCGGGCCAUGUCCCCCGGGGCCUUCAUCCUGAUACGUGUGCUCACACAUCUGGCCAUGCUGCUGGGAGCCACAGAAGAUCCUUGGGCACUGCAAAGGAUUAUCAAGCCACAGGUGCACAACCCAGUGAGUUUCCUGCAGGAGCAUAUUCAGGAGGACUUGGCACAGCUGACCAGAGUUUUGGGGAAGAGUGUGGAUGAGGCUAUCAACAUUCUUCAUCUUGUCCUCAGCAGCCUUCUCAGGGACCCCCAUCAGCACCCAGGCCAGAGGCCAGCUCAGUUUGAUAACGUGCUUUCCACCAAGGAGAAGAGAAACAAAUGGGAAGAAAUUGUUGCAAACACAAUUAUUGCUCCUGAAUUGGAGGAUUUGGAUAAAAAACUUCUGCAGUUAAACAGACGAAUACAAGAGGAUGAGAGAAUUUCUUCCAAUCCAAUAGUGAAAAUAGUGUAUGGGGACCCAGGCCCUUUCCUGUCCCAGCUGCCCAAGGACAGUCACAUCCAUCAUUCCAAGAUGUGGAGCUGCCAGAAGAGGAUUUCAGUGGAGAACCUGGGCCAUGUAGUCCAGCAAAAGAAUGCCAAGGACACUGUCCCUCUCCUUUGGAAGUUUCUUCAGAAGGAAACAGAACUGAGGCUGGUUAAAUUCUUACCAGAGAUUCUGGCUCUGCAGAGAGACUUGGUGAGGAGAUUUCAGAACACUGGUGAUGUCAAAAACUCCUCUAUCAGAGACUUCCUCAACGAACCCCUCUCAGAUGUGAUGAGGGACGUGUUCCAGAGGAGAGUGAAUGUGUUUCUGUCUGUUUGGAACAGCCUGAGAAGUUCACUGGACACCAAUGGGGAAAUUAACCUUCCUGAAGGCUACUGUGAUGCUGACCUGACCCUGGACAGCAGCCUCGAGGUCCUGCUGCCCCGUCGGCGCGGCCUGGGGCUCUGCUCCACAGCCUUGGCCAGUUACCUCAUUGGGCUGCACAACAGCUUCAUCCACUCUGUGAACAAACACACCAAGGAAGAGGAUCAGUACUUGGUCAGUGCCUCAGAAGUGGCUGAGCUGCACUUGAUCAGUUACGAGGUUGAGAGAGACCUGAUCCCUCUGAUCUCAUCCAACUGCCAGUACAGCAUGGAGAAGGGAGGGGAGACGCUGCAGGACUUUGAUCUGGAGAAGAUCCAGCAGCAAGUCAUCAGCAAGUUCCUGCAGGGGAAACCACUCAUCACCCUGACGGGAAUACCCACCCUUGUGUACAGGCAUGAUCGGAAUUAUGAACAGCUGUUCAGUGAUGUCAGGAAUAAGCUGGAUCAGAGUGCUCUCCCCAGCUCUGUGAUGACCACAAUCAGUGGGGAGCUACAGUCCUACAGUGAUGUCUGUGAUGCUCUGUCUGUCACUGAAAUCAUCCUGGGAUUCCUGGCCAUGGCUGGAGAGAAUCCUGAAAUGCCUUUGACUGACUACAUUGAAAUAGUCCUGCAGAUGGGGGAUCAGACAAACCCUCAUGUACUGCAGGCCCUGAGACGGUGCCACCUGAAGCACAGCAUUGCCCUCUGGCAUCUCCUCUCUGCCUGCAAAUCUGAGCAGCAGCUGCGCCUCAAACAGGAUCCUUUUGCAGACAUCAGUACAGCCUACAAAGCUGAGCUCACUCCAGAGAUGGCCAAGCUCCUCAACAUCUUCCUUGUCCAGUCAAGGCUGGAAACCUUCCUGCAGGAGCUCCAUGAAAUGAUCAUCUUGAAGCUGAGACGUGUCCAAGCUGUGGAUGUAUUCAGACCCACAUACAGGCUGAAGGACUCGCUCCUUCCUGACCUCGAUGCAAAGAACUCCGCGCUGGCCCCGGAGCUGGAGGAGCUGUUCCCAGAGGAGAUCCUUCUCUCUCACGCCGCAGCCACCUGGAAAGCAGCCGUUCGCUUCAGGAGGGAGCGCAGGGAGAGCUAG